AUGGGCGUACGCGCUCACAGCUCGCGCGACACGGCGCCGUACGGUGUCGACGAGUACUACCGCAAGGUAGCGGCAACAUACCGAAACCCGUUCUUCGCAGGCAUCAAGAAGGUCGUGUGGACACUUAUGGCGCGGUGGUGGGACGAGGAAGGCGGCGUGUGGGGUCCAGGAGGGUCGAGGGUGGGCGACACGCUGCGCGUGCUGGAUAUGGCAGCAGGGAGCGGCGAGGCAACCCUCUGCCUCCUCGAGUGGGAAGCGGCCGGCAAACGCGCCUCGCUCAGCAGCACCCCGUCCUCACCUACAAAAUCGCCUCCGCGCCUGCCCCUCUCUGUGCAGAGCACGCUGCCCGUCCGACCGGCGUUCACGGGCACCAGUACACGCCGGCGUCCCGCUUCUGGCGCCGACAAUGCCGCCAUGCCGUCCUUUCCGCGCGCAGCACCCCCACCGCACAGCGGCACGGCCGGGUCAGCGCGCACGGCGACCCCGCGCCCACGCGUCUUCUCGGCCGGCACGCCGCCGCCAUUACCGCGCGCACUGGUCAUGGACAUUAUCGCCACAGACCCAUACACCUCCCCGGCCUACUUUGCACGCACGUCCCGCGUGUGCCACCCCCUGUCGUUCGCCGACCUGGCGGCCGGCCGCCUCCCGCCCUCCCGGGCGCGCGACGCAAUGGAGGUCGACGACAGCGGGCCCGAAUGGGACAUGAUCGUGUGCUCCUUUGCGCUGCACCUGCUCACCGAGGCGAGCGAGCUGGCUGCGCUGCUCGACGAGCUGAGUCGACGCGCGACUUGGCUCGUCGUCGUCGCGCCACACCGGGAACCAGAGCCAAGGCUAUCGCCGCGCACCGCCGCACGGCGAGAACGCGAGCGCGAACCGGACCGCGACCGGGACGAAGACGACGAGACCGAGCUCGAGAUAGUGAGGGACAAGUGA